AUGGCUGGUGAAGGCACGAGCAGCAACAGCCGGCUUAGGAUCUAUGGUCCGGACAACCUAGGCAUCGGGGACGACGAACAGUCGGCGGACAGAGAUCUUCGCGGCGGGAUCCGGAGCGAGCUCCUCGCCAAGAUCCGACGCUGCUACGCCGGGGCGAAGCUCGUCGACGUCGGCUUCUGCUUUGGGCUGCUGGACCCGCGCCGCAACAUCGCCGUCGGCCAGGCAAUCGCCUGCGCCGACAAUUUCCUCCCCACCGAAUCUGUGGAGGUGGAGCCAUGGCGGCCCUUGAUACGGUGCAUCUACGAGCGCUCGCUCGACGGCCUCGUCGCCUUCCUGGUCGCGCUCUUUCCCUACCUCACCAACUACAGGGCCAUGUGGUACCUCAACAUGGCUGAUUCGGAUCCCCUCGUCGCCGCCCGCUUCGUCAUCACCCACCGCGGGAUGGAGCGGACCUUCGGGUUUACGUCCGACGCCACCGUGGCCGCCGUCGAGACGGCGCUCCGCUGUGCCGCCGCCGCCGCCCAGCACCCCAACCCGCGCCACUUUUCGCUAGGCUGGAGGCUACUGUCCCCUUCUCUGCAGGAGCUGUCACGCCCCUAUGUUACCCAAGACCCAUCUGACCUAAUCCACAUCAUGUCGCUUCUUCGUCACCAACAGCGGCCUCCCGUGGCUCUCAGCCUGGACAAAAUGUGGGAGCUAGCCUCCUGUCGCCUCCUCAAGCUCAAUCUUCCAGAGAUGAACCCACCGGCAGUGCCAAAGCGGAGGAUGACGAUUCUGAGGCACACGUUCCCACCAGUGCCGCGGCAGACACUCAGGCGCAUGCUUCUCACCACCAUCCAUGGAUACUACCUGCAGGCUCUUGCCAGGCUGCCCAAGGACAAGCUGCGGUCGCAGUACCACCACAGCCUGCUCCACGCCGGCCACUGCUACGGACCGCUCGACCCCGUCUCCAACAUCAUCCUUAAUACCCUCUGGUACAGCCAGGCCUACCCUCUGACGCUACAGAAAAAAGUGGAGGUCGAGGCCAUCAGCACCGAACCCCUGCUGCGGAUCGCAGUCCGGUCUCUAUAUGGCCUCGUCUCCUUCCUUUGCACCCGCUACCCUGCCCUCACGCCGGGUGAAGCCCUGCGCCGACUACAGGCGGCUGCGGCAGAUCUCCGUGUUGUUCAGGACGAUCCAACCGUACUUGACAACUAUUCCGGUGCACCGGUACCUGUGGAAGAAGCCUACGCGGCUGCUGCCAAGGCCGCAUACCACCCCAAGCCGUGUCAGCAGGCAGAGUUCCUCGGACCAUCAAAUACCGUGUUGUCCGCCUUCUCGCAAGUCCUCCAGCUUGAUGAUCCUGGCAAGAUCCACCAAUUAUUGCUGUCUGUUGUUACUAGCAGCAGCAAAAUUGCAGAAGAAACAAAAAACAUCAACGUGUUAAGCCCCUGGGAUUACUCUUUUGUAAUGACAAUUGUAGAUGACUUCUGGAACCAGCACAAUAGAGCCGUGAGAAUGGUGAAAUCUGCAAUCGAUGUGUACAGCCAGCAGCAUGGGGUACCCAAAUACGAGCUCCAUGUUAUCUGCGGUGUCAAUGAGUAUGUGGAUGCCCCUGUCCUGGUGACGCCAUUUGAAAACAUGUACCGUUGCUCCCACAUCAACUUCCUCGCAACCCGAACCGCAGGCACACGUCCAGUGUUGUUCUUCGCCGAGUGCCGCAACGACGGCUCUUGGGUGGGGUUGUGCUGUCCUGUGGCUGUGCCACUUCCAGGCGCUGAGCAAGUCCGUUGCCUUUACUGCGAGUGCAUGGGGAGCAGGAUUGUGCACCCGGCGGUAAAGGAGGAGAGAUUCCGUGGGCGUACCACAGAGUUUGAGAAAAUGUUGGGCGGAGAUGAAGUAUAUUCACAAGGGUACCGCAACAAUGACAUCAUCUCUGGUAGCCAUAAAGAAACCUUGUGGGUGGAUUAUCUGGAGGAGGACCAGAUAUACGGCGAUUACAUCUGCGACCAUAGUAAAGUCGAAGAGAAGUUCCCAAGGGACUUACUUUAA